AUGGAAAACAAAGGACAGGCGGUGAACCACCCACCUCUCUUUAAAGGAACAAACUACAACUACUGGAAACAAAGAAUGAUUACAUUCUUUGAUGCAUGUCAUAUAGACAUGUGGGAUUUCGUAGAACACGGAAACUACAUUCCUCUUGAUGAUGCUGGCAGGGAGUUACCUAAAGCACAUUGGAAUGAAGAACAGAAACAUAGAUUCAUACUGAACUCCAAAGCUCAAAAUGCACUCAUAUGUGCUCUGAUUGAGGAAGAAUACACUAAAGUACACAACUUCAAGAGUGCCAAACAGAUGUGGGAUACCCUAGCUCUAACCUACGAGGGAUCCCUGGAGGUAAAAUGCAACAAGCUAAUCUUAUUGGUUCAUAAGUAUGAACUCUUCGAAAUGGAAGAGAAUGAGUCUAUCCAAACUAUGUUUGGAAGAUUCCAAACUAUUAUAAAUGAACUCUCCUUCCUUGGUAGAACUUAUGAUAAUUUUGAUCAUAUUGACAAGCUACUUCGUAGUUUACCCAGGAAACGGAGACCAUAA